AAUAGUCAUGAAAAUAAAGAAAACGCAUUGAAUGAGAAGGUGUGUCCAAACUUUUGGCCUGUACUGUAUAUGCUACCUUUGAGUCAAAUUCUGCAGAACUUUAAUGUUGACUAUCAUAGUUAUGCAGAUGACACACAAUUAUACCUAUCACUGUCCCCAGAUGACUACAGUUCAACAGAGUUGUUGUGUCACUGUUUAGAACAAAAUAAAUAACUGGAUGAGCCAAAACUUUCAGCUAAAUUGCAACAAAACUGAGGAAAUUGUUUUUGGCAGUAAAAAAAAUAGGAUUGCAAAUAGGAUUGCUGUUAGUAAAAAUACCUCGUGUCUUUAAAAGCCAGAGACCAAGUCCGAAACCUUGGUGUGUUGAUAGACUCAGAUCUGACUUUUAGCAGUCACAUCAAAUCAAUCACCAUAACAGACUUCUACCAGCUUACAAACAUAUCCAGAGAGAAGGGUUUCAUGUCCCAAACAGACCAGGUAUAGCUCAUCCAUGCUUUCAUCUCCAGUAGACUGGACUCCCCCAAAAGAGCAUUAAACAGCUGCAGCUCAUUCAGAAUGCUGCAGCUUCGGUUUUGACCAGAACAAAGAGAUCUCAGGAUAUUACUCCAGUUCUGAAGUCUUUACACUGGCUCCCAGUUAGCUAUAGAAUAGACUUCAAAGUUCUGUUCCUGGUCUACAAAUCACUUUAUGGUUUAGCUCCAGAAUACUUUUAGGAAAAGUUAAUGGAAUAUAAACCAUUUGCAACAUUUCAUUUGUAUACUCUUUUAAUCAUUUUAAAGUUACUUAUUGUUUUAUGCUGUAUUUUAGUAAGCUGUCUUUUUAUUUUUCUGCACUUUUUUAAUGCUUUUAAUGUUGCAUUGUUUAUCAUGUACAGCACAUUGAGUUGGCUUGUGUAUGAAAUGCACUAUAUAAAUAAGUUGCCUUGCCUUGCCUAAAAGUUGACUAAAAUGUCAUGAUUUUUUGUCAACUAAAAUGUUUUGAAUUUUUGUUGACUAAAAUUAUGAAGGAUAAAAAUGAUUAAAAUGUGACUAAAACUAAUAAGCAUUUUCAUCUAAGACUACGACUAAAUCUGAAGUAGCUGUCAAAAUGAACACAGCUUUGUAGAUGUGUCUGUUUGUCUGUCAGUUCUGAGGGUCUUCUUCCUGCCCUUCUUCCUGUUUGUUUGUCUUUCUAGUUAGUUAACUUAGUCAGAUGUCACGUUAGUAACUUCUUUCCACUCCAUUUUCAACCGCUUCUCCGAGGCCGGGUCGCUUAGCAAAGCACACCAGACGCCCCUUCUCCCCAGCAACACUUCCCAGCUCCUCCUGGGGGAUCCCUGUGGCUACUGGAAGGAUUUAGCUCCGGAGAUCGGUGGUGUAAUGUUACCUGUGAAUGCUGUACCCCAAUGCCCCCAGAAGAGGAAUACCUCAGUUGCAAGGAAAGGGACCGGUUGCAGCCUUAGCUAAAUGGUAAACAACAAACAUGGCACCACACCGGUAAGGUAAGACAACACGUUUACAUGUCAUUUUCUAUAUGUUCUCUGACAUUUAUCCUAACGAUAUGAGGCGGUCUUUGUGGAGAAAAAGCUUGUUUAGUGGACUAACUUUGCACUUGAAAGGAUGCCCGUUCAAUUAAGUUUUAACAGGUCUGACGCUACGGCUGUAUCUAGGCUAACGGCUAACAUGCUAACUAUUAUUUCUAUGUCACUAGUGACUUGAAACAAAUUUAGGACGAUAGGAGACAGGUUGAAAUAAACUGAAAUUUCUCUUUAAUUGGCCUCAAAGAUUCUGCACUAAGCUGGUUUAAAUCUUAUUUAUCUGAUCGUUUUCAUAGAUAGAAUCAUUUCAUCAUUUGAGACACAAUUAAUAUUUUUUGAACAAUGCAGUAGUAUUUAUUAAAAGCACAAUGUAAGCAGUGCUCAUUAUAAUCACACAAUAAUGUGCUAUUUAAAUCUUAAAAGAUUUAGCCCCCCCUCCCAUUCCUAGUUGUGGUAUAUCCCACACUCUUUCCAACGGGCAGGGCUGCUUGGCAGCAGUAGCCGUGUGGUUGGAACCGCUGUCCACAUCGCGCAUGGCAGGGUAAGAUGUUCACUCACACAGAUACAGUUUAACUUACACAAGUUACAACACAUCCCAUUUACUGUUACAACAAGCCCCAGGCCCAGGCUGAUAAUAUAAACUGUCUACAACAUUUCUCCUGCAUUGUUCAAAAGCCUACUCAAUUACGAGUGCUGCUAAGCUAAAAGCUAAUGAUUAAGCUCAGAGUUUAGUGAUAGUCAGAGAGGACAGGAGAGAAAGAAGAGGGAGAGGACAGGACAAGAGCAGUCACUGGCGGAGCAAUGGGUACCUGUCUGUAGGCUCUCCACCUGUCAGUGAGACAAACAUGAAAGACGUGCAGACGAGGAGUGGUCAUUACGUGCGACUAUUACGCACGGUUGUGGCGGAGCUGCUCGUAUGGGUACCUGUCUGUAGGCUCUCCUCCUGUCACUGAGACAAACAUCAAAGACGUGCAGAUGAGGAGUGGUCAUUACACGCGAAUAUUAUGCACGGUUGUGAGGUGCGCAGCGGCAGAUCUCACAGCACACUGUUUAUAAACCAGUUAACCAGUUUAAGUGCAGGAAAUGUUUAGUUUUAGUUUUAGUUUAGUUAGUAUAGACAUUCACUCUGUCUGUUGGAGAGAUAGAGAGAAGAUUAAAGCGUCAAAUUGCGGUACAAGAUGCUGUAUAAAAGACAGGCUAUGUCAGAAAUCCAUUCAUUCCCUGCACUAAAAUCCAUUCAUUCCCUGCCCUAACCCUCCUCUCCAGAAGGAGACACUGAACAUUUUAAUCUGCAACACCAGUAGGGAUGGGUACCGAGUUUGGUACUUUUAUUGGUACCGACCGAAUUCAGCCGGUAAUCCCGAGUACCAAUUCACGUAAAAUCAAACGGUACCACAUUUCAGUACCUGAACGCAUCCUCGGGACUUCGAGAGUGAAGGAGUGACAUUUUCGCUGCCUAUCGUGAAUGCAGCAUUGUACGCACGAGAGCGUGAUCACGUCAGUGGCAGCUAUCAACAAAGCAGCAUGGCUGAGAGAAAGAGGUCGAAGGUGUGGCUCCAUUUCUCAAAGUUGGAUGCAGACUACGCUUGCUGCAAUAUUUGCGACGCAAAAUGCAAGGCCAGCUACGGAAAUACCUCAAACCUGAGAAAACACCUGGUCAAGCACAAGGUGUUUUUAAAGGCUGACGACUGCACAGUAUUUGAUAGCCUGAAAGUUAAGGCUACUUCUCCCGGCGUUAGCACACUUGCAGCUAGCGGCUCGUCGUCACCUGCAACCAGCAUCGGGGCAGAAGAAGUGGGAUUAACGUUUGGUGAUGACGACGGUGAAUUAAGCGGGGCAUCAUCAGCUUCAUCGGUUCCAGGUAAUUAAUUAGAUUAGUGUUUAAGAUGAUUGGGCUUUGUUCUGGUCAUUGUAACGUUAGCUUCGCAUUUUAACUUGCCUUAGUUAUCAUUAUCAGCUCGGUUCCUCGUAUUCUCUAACUUUAACGUUACACUCUUAUUUGAUUACAGGUCCAUCUGUCCCUGUGUCAACUCGCCCUAGAGUUACACUUAGCGCUGCAACGGUGACCCCAUUCACCAAAGCCAAAGAGACUGCCUUUCCUCGCCAGAGAACUGACAAGUGUCACGGGGCUGUCACUGCUUUUAUAGUUAAAGGGAUGUUGCCCUUUACAACAGUGGACACCCCAUGGUUUAGGGAGAUGACAAGGGCCCUGAAUGCGAAGUACACCCCCCCCAAUAGAGACAAUCUUUGUAACACACUAAUACCAGCUUGGUAUAAUGUUGAGAAGAUUAAAGUGAAGGAAGAGCUGAAAGCAGUAAGCCAUGUUGCAGUGACUGCUGAUAUGUGGAGUAGUGUGGCUCAAGACCACUACAUCACAGUCACUGUUCAUUAUGUAGUUGAGGCUGAGCUGAGGGAGAAAGUCCUCCAUACAAGAGGAGUAUAUGUCUCCCAGACAGGGCCUGCUGUAGCUGAGGAAAUUGACGGCAUCCUCGAUGACUUUGGGGUGAGGUCCAAAGUGGUAGCUGUGACUGUUGACAACGCUGCCAACAUGGAUGUAGCUGUCAGGAAAAUGGGAGUUUUGAAGAUGGGGUGUUUUGCUCACACCCUGAAUAUAGCAGCCCAAAAGCUGUACAGUGUGAAAAACAUUGCCAACUGGUCAGGGAGGAUACGGUCUGUUGUGCUGUGGCUUAGAAGAAAUAGCCUUGCCAAGCCUGUCCUCAAAGAGAAACAGAAACUCCUAGGGCUUGGUGAUCAUUCCCUCAUAUUGGAUGUGAGAACCAGAUGGAACAGCCUCUUCUUGAUGGUAGAGCGGUUUAUAGAACAGUACCCUGCCAUCCAGGCUGCUUCAAGGGACCCACGCAUCAAGAAGGCUAUGGACCGAGACAGAUUAGAGAGAGUGUCAGAUGAUGACAUUAGCAAGUGUGAGGACUUUGUGGACACCAUGAGGGUCCUAUACACAUCCACAAUCGCUGUCUCAUCUGAUAAGAGUGCCACUGCAGGGCAGAUCCUCCCCAUCCUGGACAAACUGAAGGCCAAGUUUGAGGUGAAGGAUGAUGAUUCUCCUUUCAAGAGAGCCAUCAAGGAGAAGGUCUGGGCAGACCUCUCCCAUCGCUACACAGAGGAAACAAAUAAAGAGCUUCGACAGUUCCUUGAGGAGGCUUCCGCUCUAGAUCCUCGAUUCAAAGUCAAGGUUCAUGAUGAUGAGGCUGUUUGGACCCGCGUAGAGAAUGCAGCUGUGGCUCUCAUAAGUGGAAACAAGGGUGGAGAGGUGACCCAGGAGGAGGAGGAAGGAAGAAAUAAGCAGCAGGAGGAAGAGGAGGAUGGGUCUGAGGGCGAAGAGAUGGUGGCUGCACCUGUAAGAAGUAAGAAAAAGCUUUCAGCUUUGGGGGAGCUCUUUGAGGAUGAAGACCAGGCCCUGCUACUGCAGACCGAGGCAGACAUCAGUGCUCCCUCAGUGACUGAAAAAGCCAAGAAAGAGCUGCAAGUCUACAGGAGCUUUCCAGCAGUCCUCAGCUCAGUGGAUCCCCUCCUGUGGUGGAGGCAGAAGAGGGACCAGAUGCCAAUGCUGGCCAGCUUGGCCAAAAAAUAUCUGUGUGUUCAAGCCUCUUCCACUCCCUCAGAGCGAGUAUUCUCCACAGCGGGGGACACAGUCAGUGUGGAGCGGGCUCGGCUCUUACCCGAGAAAAUUGACAUGUUAGUGUUCUUGAAAAAGAACUGCACGAGGAAAUAAGACAUGUAGUUCAUGGUAGAAGGAGCAGUUUAUUUUACUUUAAGUUAUAGUUUGUAAUACUUUAAUUUAUAAAAUAUAAUACAUUUUAUUUAUUUUGACUCCAUCCUCUCAUUUGUUUUUAACUUAUUUGCCCUCCCCCACACACAUUUUUCCCAGAGGGGAAAGAGGAGGAAUAGGAGGUAGUAGGAGUGGGUUUAUUUUGUGCAAUAAAAAGAACUGCUGCAUAGUCAAUAGUCAAUUACCUUUUGAUAUUAUGUUACAAACAGUGUUAGAUGUUGUUUUAUCGUGUUUGAUAUUGAGAAAUAAAUGUUAGUUUUGACAAAAAAAAAAUUCUAAAUGAAAUAUCCUUUAUUAACACACAUACAUGCGAAAAAGUACCGAAAACAGGUUCCGUUGCGUACCGGUACCGAUUCCCAGGUACCGGGUAUCGGUACCGUAUUGGUUCAAAUGUGAAAGGUACCCAUCCCUAAACACCAGUCUCAGUGGGACUACGCCCACUUCCUGGGACGCCUCGUAUAAAAGGGCGGUCCAAACUGACACUCACUCUUUGUCCUUGGUUCCAAACAAAUGCCAUGCCAUGUGUCUAUUGAAACCACAUCAAUGUAAGUAAUGAAAGCUGCAAUGUGAUGAUUUAUUUGCUUCAAGAGUUUAUUUGUUAUUUUAUUCAUUUAUUCUGAUAUGACCUUAGUUGACAUGAAAUUUAAUAUCUUUGAUACUUGAUGAUAUUAAGUGAUAUUGAUAUUUGUUGAUAUUGAUGAUAUUACUUAAUGCUGUUUUCUGUCUUGUCUAGAACCAUGGCAAACUCAACUUUGAAACUCAACCUUUGGAAAAUAAACACUUGUUGAUUUAAUUGAAAACGUUUCCUGGUGGUGUGUGGCUCCAGUAGAACUCCAUUGUAUACAACAGGCUACAACUUUUUUUCCUUGUCCCCCCCCGGAAUUACUCUCUAAAAUUUUACUGUUUAUUGUCCCCCCAAACUAUGAAAUGGGAUUUUCGCCCCUGAACCUCGGAGUAAUAUUUGAUCAAGAUUUGUCUUUUAACUCCCAUUUAAAACAUUCGUUUUGUGUUUUCAUCUGCGUAAUAUUGCGAAGAUUAGGCCCAUCCUAACCCGAAAAGAUGCAGAGAAUUGGUCCACGCUUUUGUUACCUCUGGACUGGAUUACUGUAAUUCCCUAUUAAAAGGUAGCUCUAAUAAGUCUUUAAACACUCUCCCGGUAAUUCAGAAUGCAGCAGCACGUGUACUGACAGGAACUAAGAGGCGAGAACACAUUUCCCCUGUUUUAGCUUCUCUGCACUGGCUCCCUGUAAAAUCCAGAAUUGAAUUUAAAAUCCUACUGUUAACUUUGUAGUGUAAGAUUUAAUCUUUAAUCAGGUAAAGGUGUUCAUAUGUUUUUAAAAAAUAAAGUAAAACCAGGCCCAAACCUAAUGGUGGGAGAAUUUGGGGAUUUCCAGGCCCAGGGAUUACACCAUUAGGUCAUGUUUGGACAAGGGCCCAAGGGGCCUGCCACCAAUAGAUUUGGACCAGAUAGAAUAGGGCUAAAAAGAAAAAGACCUGCCACCAGUAGGUUUGGGCUUGGGAAGGAAGGACUAAAGGAAAAGGGUGGAGAUUCUCUCGAAUCUCCACCAGCAUAAAAAGGAGAGCUCAGAAAGCGAAACUUCAGUCUUGCUCCGGAGCCUGACUCAAUGAGUUCUAUGUGUUGAAGCCUGUGAACACAUUAAACUCGAUUGCACCAGAUUCUAUUUGACUCCAGUGUUUCUCUAAGUGUCAGCUAACUGAACCUAAGAUACUAAAUCAACUCAGAGGACGAUCUGCAGGAGAAGUAGAAGACAAGAUCGGGAGCCAUCUGGCCCACAUCCAGGCACCGAUUUUUGCUUCUACAAGUGGCGAGUCGAGCCAGGAGAGAGGAGAAGUCAAAACCGGAGACUGGAGCACUGGGCUGCCCGCCAGACAUACAGGUGGCCACCAAAAUAAGGUAAGCAGAGCUUUUUUCUGCCUAAACCAGGUGUGUCUGGGGUGCAGUGCUGGGGCCUCCCAGGUCAAAGGUAUUUGGCAAAUUUCCCUCCUCUAAAGAAUCUAAUUGUGGUGUGCUGAUUGAUUAGAAAAUAAUUAAGGGCAUUAUUGAGAUACAACUAACAUCACUGGAGACGGUUGGGUCUGGUGCAAUAAGUGUGAUCUUGGAGCGGAAAGAGUGUAUGAGUGUGUGUUGAAUGUAUGGUAACAAAGAUAGUUAAGAAGAGAUAGUUAAAGUAUUUAAAGUAUUAAGAAGACAAAUAAGAAUAAGAAGUGCACAAGAGAAGAAACAAUCUCUAAGAGUUAUACAGGGGAGAGAA